CAGCUAUUYGUACAAGAGUGUGAUUUAUCACCGCGAUAAACAGAGAAGGCAUCUUGUUGUCAAAGAAGGGUCUGACAUUCUUUACCUGCAAUGUAGACGUGUUGUAAAAAGGAACGGAAUUAUUUUUCUAACAAAGCUCAUWCUAGAUCUUUGUGAAAGUGAUGGACUGGACUGUCCAUUGAUGAAGGGAGAAACGUACACAUUGACAUCGGGGCCUAAAUAUUUUGCCUCAGCGUAUUGCCUGCUGCCGAAGGGACAUUAUAGUCUCUCAGUGUCAUGCGCUGAUCAGAACAACCUUGAAGUAGCAUGUGCCAUGUUGAACUUCACUUGGACGAAUUAGCUGGCCUCACGACAUAUGCGCAAGAAAAGGCUUAACAAAUUAGCAAUGUUUUUGAUCGAAUAGUUCAAAUACCAUUAGUAAACGAUUAACUCAUUUAUUUCCUUAAAGGCCUGAAAUUUUACUUUAAAUUAAAUUUCAAGUGUAUCUAAAAUAUGAAUCAAAGAGCUGGUUAAAGUAAAACUGGAGUCUCGACCAAUUGCAACUGGGCAGGCGGCUAGCUAACUCAAAAAGCUCUGGUCCUACAUCAUUUAUUUUUGUUUCUAUCCCCUCUUGUCUCCUAUAUUGCACUGACCUUGUGGCAUCAAAUUGGCUUUAAAACGAUGGAAAAGUAGUCAAGCAACGAUGCUUCAGUCUGGCAUAGGAUGGUGCUCAUUUCUUCGUGAAAUUUUAAGGUAGCACCAUUCCAACAAUUCGAUGUAUAGGUUAUGCUUGACACUCUUAAUUUAGGAGGAGCCGACGGGUUCCUUGGAGAAAUAAAGCUGCUCUUAUGUCCCAGUCAGCUGUAAGUCACAAUUGGUUG